AUGCCAUUUGUCGCUUCAUUGAAAGUCGAUCGCAAGUUACUCUUGAAUACCGCAGCUAGCUUAUCAACCGAGCAAAUCGCCGGUUAUUCUCCCAGAAGACAAGAAAGGGCAGAGCCAGCAACUGAAAUGGAGCGCAAGUUGUGUGAGCUGUCAGAGAUUGUCCUGAAGACUGGCGCUGGAGAGAUUGGUCGGCAUGAUAGAUUCCUAGGGAUUGGUGGCGACUCCAUCACUGCGAUCCAACUGGUGAAUCUAGCUCAGAAAGCUGGUAUUAGCCUGACAGUAGCAGACAUAUUUGCGGAUUCUGAGAUAUCGGUGCUAUCAGCAUUAGCCAGUGGCCAAGAGCUAAGCAAGGUCACUGAUCUUGAGCGAUUUGCCCUCUUAUCGCCUGACAAGCUUGAUGCAUUAUUAACAGAAGUGUCUCUUCUGUGUGGCUUAACAGACAGCAAGUUCGUUGAGGACGCUUAUCCAUGUACCCAGCUUCAGCAAGGCAUCAUGGCCUUGUCCAUCAAACAGCUAGGAUCUUAUGUGGCGAAGAACACUUAUAGAAUUCCAGGUCAUGUCGAUAUAGGCCGAUUUAAGGCAGCCUGGGAGAAGACCUUGGGAAUUUGCACCAACCUACGGACGAGAAUUGUACUUGUCAAUAAUACGGCUGUCCAAGUAAUUCUACAAGAUUGUCAUGAGUGGGAUGCUACAGAUGGCAUUGACUUUCCCAAGUAUUGUCAAACGAUGAAUGAGAUAAAGAUGGGAUACGGAUCCAGCCUUGUCCGAUACGCCCUGGUUCAGCACGGCGGAAGUCAUUAUUUCUGCCUCACCAUGCAUCACAGCAUUUUUGAUGGCUGGUCAAUGGGCUGCAUCAUGGGCAUAUUGGAUGCUAUUUACCGAGGAAAUGAGCCUCCGCCUCUAGCCCAAUAUGCCCGUUUUGUGAAGUAUACUAUAGACCUCCAACAUGAUACUACCAGCGCAUACUGGCUAGAACAAGUCCAUGACGCCAAACGCGCUUCAUUCCCAACCAGUAUCAGCGAGGCCACUGCUGUCAGUGGAGUUACGCGCUAUGUUAGCAAGGAGGUAGACUUCUCUAACCUUUCUAGAACUUCGGUCACCAAAGCGUCUGUUAUUAGAGCCGCGUGGGCUAUUAUACUUGGUCGCUAUUCCGAUACCGAUGAUGUAUGCUUUGGGGCCAGUGUUUCUGGCCGCAAUGCAGCUCUCAUUGGCGCUGAUUCUAUCCCCGGAGUAAUGCUAGCGACAGUGCCGGUUCGUGUUCAGCUUAAUAAGAGUCAGGCAGUUUCAGAAUAUCUGCGCAACAUUCAAGCACAGAGCACCAAGAUGGUUGCACAUGAGCAAUUCGGCCUCCAGAGAAUUUCUUCGCUAAGUGAGAAUGCCAAAGAGGCUUGCAACUUCUCUAGUCUGCUUGUUAUCCAACCCGCUGGAUUCUUCACGGAGGGAAGUAAAAGCACGGAUGCGAUUUUAGUUGAUGAGAGCUCCAAUGAAGCAAUCGAGGAUAGAAUCCAGAAUUUCAUCAACUAUCCUCUCGUUGUCCAGGCUUUACUAUUCGACAACGAGGUUGAGAUUGUACUCAUGUACAACACAGCUAGCGUGUCUAGAUCUCAAGCAGUGGCGCUCUCUGAGCAGUUCAACCAUGUUAUUCAACAGUUACUUUCACAGGGACAACAGCUUCUGAGCGAAGUCUCUGUUGCAGGGCCAUGGGAUCUACAGCAGGCCAUCGGGUGGAACUCUGCCGAUAUUAGCCCAUUUGACGACUGCCUUCAUAGCCUUGUCUCAAACCAAGCGAAGCGCCGACCAAACCAUGAGGCGAUUUACUCUACUGGUGGCUCUAUGACCUACGCGAAGCUCGAUCUCCUUUCUUCGCAGCUGGCCGUUGUCUUGAGAGAAAAGGGCGUUGGGCCAGAUGUAUUUGUGCCUAUAUGUCUUGAAAAAUCGGUUUGGGCCAUUAUUGCUAUGCUCGGUAUACUCAAGGCUGGCGGUGCCUUUGUUCCACUGGACCCAAGUCAUCCUGUCGCUCGUCGCCAAGCAUUGGUCAACGCCAUUGGAGCUCAAAUUCUAAUAGUAUCUCCAUCUCUUGCCAAGGAGUGUAUGAACAUGACCAAAAACACCAUUGAGCUGUCUUCAAAGAUGAAUUUAUCCAAGAUCAAAGACACGGCAAUCACGAAUAUGGCCACAGGGAGAAAUGCGGCUUAUUUAAUUUUUACAUCAGGCUCGACAGGGAGGCCCAAAGGAGUUGUCAUCGAACACCAGGGUAUAUGCACAUCCCUAAUUGGCGAGCAUAGGGCAUUCAAUACCAACGAGGACUCUCGUUGGUUCCAAUUCGCAAAUUACGUCUUCGAUGCUUGCAUUACAGAAAUAUUCGCUGCCCUGACUGCUGGUGGUACCGUCUGUGUGCCCACUGAGACAGAACGGAUGCACCAUACCGCAAAGUUCAUGACGGAUGCCCAGGUCAAUAUCGCUCUCUUGACGCCAACAGUCGUAAAGACAAUAGCGCCUGACUCAGUCCCUUCACUCAAGACACUUAUUCUUGGUGGCGAGGCUGCUUCAAAGGAUAUCUUACAGACAUGGUACGGUCGUUUGGACUUGCGCAAUGCGUAUGGCCCUGCUGAGGCUUGUAUUUCGUCGUCUGCGCAUGUUUAUACAUCUUUGAGAGAUCCUGUCACUGCUAUAGGUCGUGGAUUUGCCCACCAUUGCUGGGUUGUGGACUCUGAAAACGACCAAAAGCUUGCGCCGGUCGGCUGCGUAGGCGAGCUUUUAGUUCAAGGCCCUGCUUUGGCACGAGGAUACUUUGCCGAUGACGAAAAAACAAAGCAUUCCUUCUUAGAAGAUGUGAAAUGGUUGCCUGCGGAGCAUACAAAGUUCCGCAGAUUCUACAAAACAGGGGAUUUGGUCAGGUACAUUGAGGACGGAACGCUGGAAUAUCUCGGGAGGAAGGAUACACAAAUUAAGAUUCGCGGCCAGCGUGUAGAGGUUGGUGAGAUUGAAUACCAGGUCAAGAAAUUGGAGGAGAAGAUCGAACAUGUCGCAGUUGCCAUUGUGAACAAAGAGUCAUUAGCGGCAUUUAUUUGUUUCCGGAAUGAAACAAAUGGCGACGCGGUGAAGGAGAAUAUCGAAUUCCAGGUCAAGAAUAAGCGUAUGGAGGACUUGGUCUCUCAACUUUGGGCAAAUAUGAGCCAUGUUUUGCCCCAACACAUGUUGCCAUCAUAUAUCAUACCGGUUGCGCAAAUGCCUCACAACAGUGCCGGCAAACUCGAUCACAAACUGCUCUUGCAAGCGGUUGCCCAACUUCCUACGGGUGAACUCGCGCAGUACUUGUCUGGCCAACGAACAGUCUUCCGUGAUUGUACCAAUGAUAUGGAAUUCUUCAUUCGCUCCCAAUGGGCGUCCGUGUUAAGUCUGCCCGCAGAAUCUAUUAGUGUAGACGACAACUUUUACCAGUUGGGUGGUGAUUCCAUUCGCAUCGUCACUCUUGCCAAGUCUAUCCUAAGUGAGUACGGUGUGAGUUUGGGUCUCUCCAUUCUGAACAGCAAGCAUACAACAAUCAGUAGCAUGGCCAAGUUCGUUGAAAGCAGUGGAGACGUUGCUUCUAAUCAAGAAUCAGUGACGAAUCUGGUGGAGAGGAUAGAGUCAUUUACCAAGGACAUCUCUGCUUCUCAAGUGAAGAACCUCAUCAAUUGGCCAAUUGUAAAGCUAUCCGAUGAAUCAACAGUCUUCCUUACGGGAGCUACGGGCUUCUUGGGAACAGAACUCCUCCGGCAGCUACUGCGCAACAUCUACAUCAAAUCAGUUAUUGUACUUGUUCGAUGCAACUCACCGCAGCAUGGACUAGAACGAAUCAGGGCAACAGCCCAGACAGCCAAAUGGUGGCGCAAAAACGACGCAAAGAAGAUUGAAGUUUGGGCUGGUGACUUGGGAAAAUCACGAUUGGGACUCAACGUCUCCCAAUGGGAGAGGCUAUUGGGAACAUCUGAGACGCACAGCAACAUCGACGCCAUUGUGCAUAACGGAGCCGUGGUCAAUUGGAAUGCGGACUACGACAAGCUGAAAGCGGCUAAUGUCGACUCAACUGUUCAACUGCUCAACAUCACGGCCGCGUCUUCUGCCCAUCCUAGAUUCGUUUUUGUGUCUGGUGGCCUGAAAACAGAAGACGAUCAAGCUGCCGUUGCUUCACAGCUUGAACAGCUAAACGGAUAUGUACAGACCAAAUUUGUUUGCGAAAGUAUCAUCCAGAAUGCUUUGAAGAAUCUCCCUGCCAAGCAAAAUCGACUUUCGAUUGUCAAACCCGGCCGCAUUAUUGGCUCGCAGAGUAGCGGAGUUGCCAACGUGGAUGAUUUGAUUUGGCGCGUAGUUUCAGGAGCUGCUGCCAUCCACGCGUAUCCAACUGAGCCUGCAGAAAACUGGAUGUACAUUGCGGAUGUCAGCAGCGUUGCAUCAACUGUGCUGAACCAAGUGUUGGAAGAAGACCCCAUUUGCCCAUUUAUCCAUGUGACUGGUGGUAUGCCCACAACGGUGUUCUGGGAACUGGUCAACGAAGCACUGAGUGUCAAGUGCAAGCCUGUGCCUUGGGAAGAGUGGAAAGAGACUGCACUGGCCGCUAUGAACGAAAUAGGAGACAGACACCCUCUUUGGCCGGUUCAGCACUUUUUGGGGGCUCUCGGUGCGCCAAGAUCGGCAAAAGAGUUGGCCACUGAGUCCUCGGAGCAUAGGCAGUGGCACGCGGCGGUUAAGAAGAAUGUGCAGUACCUGACAAGCAUUGGACUUAUUGUCUCGUCUGUGAGAGAGCUAGGAAACGUGAAGGAUGGUGCUAUCAAGCGAGUACAUUAA